AUGUUCAAGGGCUUGAGAAAGAAGACGUCGUCGAUGAUAGGGGGCCUGGCUCCCCCUGACGACUCGUCGUCAGAGAACUACGCGCGGGUGCUCAAGCAAGUGAAGGAUUUCGAGAUCGCCUUGCAAGCGAUGGAUUACUUACUCGACGACCGAUCCGAGGAAGGGGUGAAGCUUUUGGAGGUGGAGCUGGCGAAACACAACAAGGGUUCUGCCGACCAGCCGGCGGGGAUCUUCCCGUUGGCGUUGGGGGUGAUGGAAUUCAUCGAGGCGACGCUCGGGUUCGAGGCCGAGGUGAUGGACCGGGCCCUUGCCACGCUCCAGCAAGCAGAACUGGCGUCGGAUAAGAACUACAAGUACAAUGUCCACCACAAGAUGGCGACGUCGCACAUCUACCCCCCGGGGACCGAGUUCGAAGUCACUCACGCCGAACUGACGUUGUUGUGUGCGUUGUUGAUGUUGUUGAAGGAAAACAACGGGAUGAUGGAGGGGCUCAAGGCGCUUUACAAGUUGCGGGCAGCUUACAACAAAUUGGACUCGACCUACAAGAAGAUCAAGGCCCUGGAACCGACAUUUAACAGAAACUUGAAGAAAUUGAAGAAGGAGAGUUUAACCAAUGUCAACAACUUGAGCAACUCCGAUUUGCCGGGCUACAAGGUUCCGUCGCUGGCGCUGUCGCUGCUGGCACUGUUGCCUCAGGACGUCCAGUUGAUGAAGAACUUGGAGCAAGUCUACCAGAUGCGCAAGGGCCGGAUCGACGGUACCAAUAUCGGUAAUGACACCAACAUGUGGGAGUCGCUGCUGUCCAUUGGUGAAUCGAUCGCUAAGUUAUCGGUUAACGACAGCAGUGCCGCUACGCCUCGGGUGACGUCGCCGCUUGCUUCCACCUCCAACUCUGUGUUUAAAGCGACGGUGGCCGAAGACGAUGGCUUCUCCGAUGCCGUUGAUGAGAUCUCGGUGCCGCCGACGUUGAAUGGCGGCCAGGCUCUGAUCAUCCUGGGGGUGUCGUCGGUAUCGUCGGUGUCUCCCACUCUCGAUGACAACCACUUGUAUGUGUCUACCGUGGACGAAUUCAUCCAUUCAGGGGUGCAAUUAUGUUUUGGUAUUUUGCAAGUGGUGUUGUCGCUCAUUCCUCCUACCAUCGGUAAGGUGCUUCUGAUUGUUGGGUUCAAGGGUAACCGGGAUACUGGCCUCAAGAUGUUGUGGCGUACUGCCAUCACCAGUCGUAACAUCCACGGUGACUUGGCGCUUCUUUGUUUGCUUGUUUUUUACGACGGUCCCGUGCAAUUUGUCGAUGUUGGGUUCCAAUUGCCCCACCAAUGUGAUUCGCUCAUCACCGAUGUGAUUAACCUUCAGGGUAAAGUAUCCAUCAGUGACGCUGAGCUUGACCGGGUUAUGCAGAACCCGUCGUUGUAUACCCCUCAAUUAUUGACUAAAGCUCGGAAAUUGUUCCCUCAUAACGCUCUUUGGUUAUUGCAAGAAGGUCGUAUCUUGGCGGCGCAAGGCAAGUUAUACGAAGCUUGUGACCUUAUGCAACAAUUCACCGAUGACCCUUCCAACAAGAUCCAGAUGCAACAAGUCGAAGCAUUGCUCAUCUAUGACCGGGCCAUGCUUUAUGCAUUCAAACAUGACUUUGAUCUGGCCGCCAGAGACUUUAUCAAGUUGAUUGACAUUAACUCCUGGUCUAAGGCGGUGUACUUGUUCAUGGCGGCUUCGUGCUACUUGGCCAAGUACCGUAUGAUUGAGAUGGGCUUGGUUGAAGGCGACUUAGACAAGUACGAAAAGUUGGCCAACAAGUACUACGAGCUUGCUCCCACUUACGUUCCUGGUGGGAUUAAUAACCAAGGGAAGAAGGGUGGUCUUGGUGGUGGCAAGAAGAAGAUGCCAUUUGACAAAUUCUUGCUUAGAAAGCUCGACCAAAUUGCCGAACGCAGAAGACACCACAAGAACUUGAAGUUUGUCGACGCCGUGGGCACCCUGAUCAUGCAUGAACUCGUGUACUUCUGGAACGGUUACAAUAGAAUGACGCCCACCGAAUUAGAAUUGUCGGCGAAGAUUUUGUCCUACACUGCUCCUGGAUCGAAGUACGCCAAGUUUACCGAGACCGAAGACGAAGGCAUCAUCCGCAAUUUUCUAUUAUCGAUCAUCGAACGCUCGCAAGGCAAGGUGAAGGAAGGGGCUGACCGUCUCGACAAACAAGUGAUUGCCAAGUAUGUCGUCAGUCAAGAGCCGUUCCGCUUCCACAAGAUGGAUGACUCUCCUUACAUUUACCCCACGGCGUUGUACGAACGACUGAUGUUCACGUGGUUGUUGAAGACGUCGCAGAGCAACUUCAACGUCGCGGACGCCGUCCACCAGCUGCUUGACUGGUUGAAGAAGGCCGAGACUGUGGGUGAAGGCGACUACGAGUUGAGUAACCGGACAGGGAUGAGAAUCAAGGCCGCCGGUGAGCGUUUGGAGCUGUUUGUUUAG